CUCAUACAAUAAUAUUUAUUCUUCACAUCACACCUCAAAUUUUAAACGCAGUAAUUCUGUCCAUUUCUUUUGGCUUUCUCUCCAUAAGUUAGGGCUGCUCACUACCUGUUACUUAAUUUAUCUGAAUAUUUUUAAAUGAUAUCAUCACAACCACCGUUUGAUGGCUCUCAAAGUAAAAUACAGCGCAAUAAGUAUAUCUUUCCGCUGACAGUUCUAUGUAUAAAUUAUGCGCUUUUAGUCUUAACUCAAUCUAACUAUAGCUAUGUAUAUUACUCGUACCGUUUUAAGUUGAGUUGCCAGAUUAUUGCUAACAGCUUUAUAGAAGGUCCGCCAAUUUAUUCACAUUUAUUUUUGCCAACAUUUACUUAUUAGACUUUUCUCUCUCGUUACAAAAUUUUCUUACUUCUUGAGGCGUACCGGCCAAAAUUCUUAUCUUGUCACAAUAUGUCCUGUUCAAUUACCCAUAAUUACUUGAUGUUGUUUAGUUAACGCGCCUCUCAUUAAACUGCUACUAUAUGAGAAUAAAUGUUUGUACUGUCAUACCACAGACAUCUUUAAUCCGUAAUUUGUAUACCCUUUGGUGUUUUCUAUUUUGGAGUUUUAUCAUUCCACAAUUCUGAAACUCUACUAAGAUAAUAGUCGUUUUGUUAACCUAUUAUGAUAAUGAUAAUUUAUUCUCGAACAACAGUAAUUUGUCCGAGGUAUGCCAGAUUACAACCAAAAUCAAAAUGUCGCACAUGACACAAUAUUUUUUUACUACAACGAGUUCCUCACUUGUGUCAAUGUGUUGAAAAAUAUGUCCAUAAAACGAACAAUUAAGUACGUUUCAAUGCAUUAGAAAGUGGUUAUUAAUAGCAAAACCAUAGUGAACAAUAUGAGAGUUGGCGAGUUGUACGUUAUACCAUGUUAAUCAUAUAUUUACUGCGUAAGUGAUCAGUCAGUCGAAAUAGAUUAUCAUAUGAAAGAAUGAGCUGCAGCAAAAUAUAUGAGAAUUGAGGCAGGUGUCAUUUUUGUAGGUACUAUCAAGGCUUUACGUAAGGUCUCUUGCCAAUAAUUUAGAAUACAACCAGAAAGUCUUAAAAUCCGUUAAAUUGCUACAAAUUAGAUCAUUUAAUUUCUCGGUGUAGGGGAAAGCGGAUGAGGGUGGGGGUUGAUUUUUAGAAAUCAAAAUCUUUGACGAGUCGAGUUUAACAAACGGAUGCACCAUACCUACUUAUGUACUCCAGUCACUCCUCGUGGAGCAGCAUAGGCCACCCAUCAGCAUUCUCCACCCAACUUCAACUGAGCAAACAUUUCCCAGUCUUCUCCUCAGUUGGGACCUGCUUUGUUCUCUCCCAAAGUAGGCUGUUGUUAAUCAUAUCCGACCAACGGAUAUUGAGUAUCUUGCGUAAACAGCUGUCUAUAAAUACUUGUACUUUUUGAUUAUGAUUAUGGUAGUUCUCCAAGUUUCAGUUCCGUACAAUAGAACUGUCUUGGCGUCCGUAUUGCAGAUUGUGACUUUGAUAUUGGUUGACAGUUGUUUUGUGUCCCAUAUAUUGUACAACUAUACGAAAGCUGUCCUUUCUUUAGCAUUCCUUGCCUUUAAGUCUGCAUCAGAUCCUCCUUGCUCAUCGAUGAUGCUUCUCAGGUACGUGAAUGUUUUCACCUCUUCCAGAGUUUCUCCAUCAAGUCUAAUUCGAUGGGUUUUCGCCGUGUUGUAUUUGGAGAUCUUACUUUUUACCUUGUGUAUGUUGAGGACUACUGAUGCAGUGGCUACUGCUACACUGGUUCUCUUGGUAUGCAUUCGCUCGUGUGUGUGUGGGAUAGAAGAGCUAGGUCAUCUGAAAAGACCAUAUCGUCUAGUUGCAUGCAAGCUGUCCAUUGUAUUCCGUGCUUCACUUCAGAUGUAGAGGUCUUCAUAAUCCAGUCAACCACCAGAAGAAAGAGAAAGGGGGAGAGUAAGCAGCCUUGACUGACUCCGAUCCUCACUUGGAAUGCAUCUGUCAGCUGUCCUUCAAGCACGAUUUUUCAGUGUAACCCAUCGUAUGAAUUCCGACUGAUGGUAACGAUUUUCUCUGGUACACCAGAAUGUCGAAGAAUGUUCUAUAAGGUUCUCCUAUCCACACUUUCAAAAGCCUCCUCAUAGUCAAGGGAGUUGAUGUGUAUUGAUGAGUUCCACUCAAUCGAUUGUUCAACGAUGAUCCGUAGUGUUACGAUUUGUUCUGUGAACAAUCGGUCCCUAAGGAAUCCAGUCUGUUGAUCUCGAAGUUGGGUACCUACAGAAUCUUUGAUCCAGUUCAACAACAUUCUGUAGAAAUUUUUCCUGGUUCUGAUAGCAGUGUGAUUCUUCUGCUCAGUUCUCUUUUCUUUGGUAUUUUGAGGUCUCCUUCUUUUCACUUUAUCAGUGUCACUUGUUUCUUCGUGAAUAGAGCGUGGAGCAUGUUUACGGUUUGUGGAAUGACAUCUAUGGGGAGGUCCUUGGGUGCUGCCUCGUUAUCCGGUGGAGCUGAUCUAUUCAACAGUUACUCAAAGUACUCUACACAUUUUCCCAUCUGUUCUUGAAUCUCAGUGAUUGUCUUGCCUUCUUUGUUCUUGACUGGCUUCCCUGGCUUACUAGAUUUCCUCACCAGUUUCAUCGUCGUGUCAUAUAGCUGCCUCAUAUUUCCUUCUCUUUCAGCUUUUUCCGCUGUCGUUGCUAGCUCUUCCACGUGUUUCUGCUUGUCAGCACUAAUGCUCUUCUUCACUUGAUUGCUUGCUUCUGUGUAUUCAGCCUUUACUUUAAUUUUUAUCUUCUUACUCGGCAGUCGUUAAUUGCCGUCUUCUUGUUCUUACUUUUGAAUUUUUUACUAAUGCAAAUACGAUCGAUCUGGUUCUGUGUACUGUGAUCCGGUGAGACCCAUAUAACUUAGUGAAUGCGUUUGUGUUGUAAAAUGAGGCCGCCUAUAACGAUUGUAAAUCACCAGCGUAGAUGAUCUAUAUCGAAUGAAUGGAGGCCUAAUCGAGUUAGACGGGAAUGGUGUGACGAACCAGCUAACGUCGAAGUCACAUCUCGCGGUCAGCACCUAACGUGGAUUACCCCAUUGACGUAUCAAAGUACUAUAGCUGCUUUGAAGACUGUACAACACAAAGGACGUUAUUACAGAAAUAUAUUAGUCAAAGUAGAUACAAGCGAAAGUAAGUCUACCGCCGCAUGAGCCAGUCCAUGGAGUACGAUUAACUAAGGCGCGCUGGACGUCCUUGACCUUGACAAGGAUCGAUGAUCGGUUCGAUAUUCAAAGACCCUACUGCUGGAUGAUUUGGCUAGGGCUUAGUGACAUUUCACUGGCUCUACACCAUCUUGUUGAAUGCAUAUGAAUUUGCGAAUCUCUCACCAUUCUCGUUCCUUUCUCAAAGACAGUCAACGUCGUCCCAUGAUAUCUUCAUAUCCGCUGUUGUCCAUCGUGAAUUUGGCGAUUAGGUCUCGCAUCAGGAAAAUCCACGUUUAUUGAAUUUCCAAGUAGUCAGGUCUUGAUAGCGAAUGCUCGUAGUUUUUGAAGUAAAUUCCAUGAACUGAGAGUACUAGUGAGCGCAUUAAAGUUACCCAUCGUAGCGGAGACCUAAACUUGGUUAGUCCAUGACUUUCGUGUUACUUCAGAAUUAUCGAGACACAAAUCAGUCAGUCAGUCAAUCAGCUACAACUUAGGACCAGGCUCUUUCACGUUUCAAAUCAGCUAUGGCUUUUAGAACUUCAAUUAGAGUCGGGGGCCUGCUUCAGUAUUCCAUCAAAACUGUUUGGGAAUAGUGGGUAGUUGUAGAGUAGCUGAAGGGUCCCGCCCAUCGUUCCAGACGUCUGGGCUAAAAGCAGAUAAGUGUCAUCUUUUCCUGAGAUCGUCUCACUUACACUUGACUUGUUAGCAUCAGUUUCUUUUACUAGUCUGAAAAGCAUGUCUAGUGUUACCUACAGCAGCUGCCUUUUCUAUCGCUUUCGCUUUCGUCGCCCAUCUCUGCUCACUGUCGUUCUUGUUCUGCCCUCGUACAUAGUGCUAUGCCUACACCAGCCAGUCCACGAGAACUAGUCAUCAGGUCGCCAGAUAAACGGAGGGUGUGUUUUGUCGGCUCCCCGCCUUGGUGAGGUGCGGUCGAGUGAAUGAUCACACUAGGAUCUUGUAUGCGUAUUUCGGAGACACAGCAAACAUCAACGGUACGAGAUUCCAGGGUUUUAGCCAAGGAGGCCUGCUGGUCGAUUUGGCAUAGGGUGUGUAUGUUGAAGGCUCCAAUGUGUAGUGUUUCGCUCACUAGAAUCGUUGGCCAUGGUGACACUUGGGGAAGAAGCCAAAAAGGAAGUUUAUAGUUGAAAGUUGGGAUGGGAAGAAUAAUAGGAAUUGAAGAGGGAAAUUCAUUAUGAAUACAGUGGUCUUGAGUGCUGUUAGAGGUAUGAGAGCGGCUUUCACUUGCCGGUUGCCCACACCGAGGAAGUGUUCUUAUAGUGGUACCUGAAAAGGAAAUUGGGUUAGAGUUGGUCUUAUUGACCUGACAGCAUGAACACAGUGCCCAAGGGGCAACUGCUUGAGGCAAGUCACACACGACCUUUUGGGUAAUUUUCGUAUUAGCUCAGUUGAUACACUGGAUAAGAUUCAAGAAAGGAGAAACAAGAAGGCAGGAUUCCGUAAGGAUAGAUCGUGUACAGACCAAAUCUCAACUCUACGGAUCAUUGUGGAACAAUCAACUGAAUGGAAUUCAUCACUCUAAAUCAACUUCAUUGACUACGAAAAAGCAUUUGAUAGCGUGGACAGAACAACACUAUGGAAGCUUCUUCGACACUACGGCGUGCCUCAGAACAUAGUCAAUAUCAUACAGAAUUCCUACGAUGGAUUACACUGCAAAAUGGUGCAUGGAGGACAAUUGACAAAGUCGUUCGAAGUGAAGACCGGUGUCAGGCAAGGUUUCUUACUCUCACUCUUUCUCCUGGUGAUCGACUGGAUCAUGAAGACAUCAACAUCUGAAGGGAAACACGGGAUACAGUGGACUUCUAGGAUGCAGCUGGACGAUCUAGACUUCGCAGAUGAUCUGGGCCUUCUACCCCAAACGCAACAACAAAUGCAAGAGAAGACGACCUGUGCAGCAGCAGUAGGUCUCAAUAUACACAAAGGGAAGAGCAAGGUUCUCCGAUACAACACAGCAUGCACCAACCCAAUCACAAUUGACGGAGAAGAUUUGGAAGAUGUAAAAACCUUUACAUAUUUGGGCAGCAUCAUUAAUGAACAAGGUGGAUUUGAUGCAGAUGUGAAGGCGCGGAUCGGCAAAGCAAGAGCAGCAUAUUUACAACUGGAGAACAUCUGGAACUCAAAACAACUGUCAAUCAACACCAAGGUCAGGAUUUUCAAUACAAAUGUCAAGACAGUUCUAAUGUAUCGGGCGGAAACCUGGAGAACUACGAAAGCCAUCAUCCAGAAGAUACAGGUUUUUAUGAACAGUUGUCUACGCAAAAUACUUCGGAUCCGUUGGCCGGACACUAUUAGCAAUGACCAACUGUGGAAAAGAACGAACCAGAUCCCAGUGGAGGAAGAAGCGCUGGAAGUGGAUAGGACACACAUUGAGGAAAGAACCCAACUGCGUCACAAGACAAGCCGUCACAUGGAAUCCUCAAGGCCAAAGGAAAAGAGGAAGACCAAAGAACACAUUACGCCGGGAAAUGGAGAUAGACAUGAGAAAAAUGAACAAGAAUUGGAUGGAACUAGGAGAGAAGGCCCGGGACAGAGUGGGUUGCAGAAUGCUGGUCGGCGGACUAUGCUCCAUUAGGAGUAACAGGUGUAAGUUAGUAAGUAAGUCUGUACUUGUUGGAACCUUACCACAGGAGACGGAAAUCCGUGGGAUAAAGCGAGGUGUGUAUUUUUAGAAUCGACCUUUUCUAACUCCACCUCUCCUUGUGGGAAGGCAGCAUCGCUGUUAUGCUGGCCGUCUGAAGCAAGCACCUUGCUGCCGUCACACCCCAGUACAGCCAGCAGUACGACUUCAUCCUCAGACCUUGGGUUUACUGAUUUUAGUCUUGCCACCCUUCAACCUACCCGUCUGGCAUGGUGGGACCUUGAGGAACGAUGGUUCUGGCCAGUAUAGCGCGACUAGCUCAUCACGAUAGGCAAGCGCGACCACCACGUCAAGGUAGCAGCAGCGGUCAGGCUUUGUUCAUUCAAGUUAAUAAAAUUAUCAAUAACCAUACCAUUAGUAGUUAAACAUUAUUUAACAUACAAUUGUUCAUAUUUUGAUAAUGGGUAGGAAACGUCUUGUUCAGCAGAUCGAUGUACUGUGUGGGAAACGUUCACUAUUAUGAAAUCAUGUAUAAUUAUUAAGAAACAGAAAUAUAAAUAGAAUAAUAUCCUUACCAAGAAGUCGAUCAUCUCGGAUUAUAAAUUCAGCUUCAUGGACAGGAUGACUAGAUUUAAUUCUCCGAACAUCUGCUUCAUUUUCAGAUAUAUGAGGAGGAAUCAAUAGCUUGGCUUCCCAAUGCUCUCUAGUAUAUUCCCCAGAGGUUUGAGUGUAGAUGUCUAUCGAAGAUGGA